AUGCCAUCACAAAGAAAAACAACGGCCCCUAGUCCCCAGCAGGCCUUAAGUGGUCAAGGGGUGCCAAGAAUCCCUGGGAAGUAUGCAAUAGCGGAGGGAUGUUGCAAAAAAAUUCAGAAUGGCCCCUCUAUGGUACUUAGACUUGGAACGCUCAAUGUUGGAUCACUGACUGGCCGCAGCAUGGAAAUCGCAGAAAUGCUCGAGCGUAGAAGGAUUGACAUCUGCUGCCUUCAGGAAACCCGAUGGAAAUCGAAUGAUGUCUGUCUGGUCAACUCAGACAAAGAAAAAUAUAAACUAUUCUGGAAUGGUCAAAAGACGGCCAAAAAUGGUGUUGGAAUUUUUGUCAGAGAACCGCUAGCCCAAGAAGUUCAUUUCGACAGAUCACCAUUGGUCAUCAGGUUCAUUAUUUUAACAUUUCACGAGUUUCUAUCAGGUUCAUCAAUUCGACCAGGGAUUAUUAAUUAA